AUGCUCAUCUUCUUCAAGAUGCGCCUAUCACUCCUUACACAAUCUCUUCUAUUCCACAACUCCUUACUGGACGAGCUCUUCCAACUGGCACAUGCAACGCAGACACUCCAUGUGAGAAUGCAGCAUGCUGCGGUACCAACGGCCUGUGUGGCUACUCACCAACGGAGUGUGGCAAGGGUAACUGCACCUCCAACUGUGAUGCAAAAGCUCAGUGCGGACAAUACGGCAAAGAUGGCUCCCAAGAAUGCCCACUUGGUGUGUGCUGUUCUGAAUUUGGGUUGCCAAAAAGAAUUUGGUGGUUGCGGCAAUGUCACAAGACCAUCCUGCUCAGGCAAUUCCGUCUCCAAGCGGACAAUUGGCUACUAUGAGGCAUGGUCAAACACUCGCAGUUGUCAGGCAGUCUCGCCGGAGGAUCUCAACCUGAACGGCUUCUCCCACAUCAACUUUGCUUUUGCAUUCUUCGAUCCCAAGACAUUCCAAAUUGCACCCAUGGACACGGAGACCGGAAAGCUGUACAGUCGGUUUACGGCACUGAAAAAUAACAAUGCCGGGCUAGAAGCAUGGAUCUCUGUCGGCGGCUGGUCCUUCACGGAUCCAGGGCCAACUCGAACGGCAUUUAGCGACAUGACAAGCACGGCCGAGAACAGGAAAAAGUUCAUUUCGGGCUUGAUUGAUUUCAUGGAACACUACGGCUUUGAUGGUGUUGAUCUUGAUUGGGAGUACCCCCAAGCCGACGACAGAGGCGGCGUUACGGCAGACAAGAAAAACUACGCCCUACUAACCAAGGAGCUCAGGGCCGCGUUUGGCUCCCGCUACGGAAUAUCAAUGACGCUGCCGACGUCGUACUGGUAUCUCCAGCAUUUUGACCUCGAAUCCAUCCAGGCAAACGUCGACUGGUUCAACUUUAUGGCUUACGACUUGCACGGAACCUGGGACGCUGCGUCCAAGUUUGUUGGGCCUUAUCUCGCACCUCACACCAAUGUUACUGAGAUUGACAUGGGCCUCGAUCUUCUUUGGAGGGCGGGAGUCAAGCCUGCCAAGGUUAUUUUGGGGCUUGGAUGGUACGGACGUAGCUUCACUCUCUCUGAUCCAUCCUGUAACAAGCCGAAUGGUGUGUGUCAGUUUUCUGGUGGUGCCCAACCUGGUCUAUGUUCGAAUGCGUCGGGCAUCUUGACCCUACAAGAAAUUAACGAGGUCAUUGACUACAAUGACCUCAAGCCUGUCUGGGAUAAAGAAGCCAUGGUGAAGUGGAUCACCUGGGAUGACAACCAAUGGGUAUCAUACGACGACGAUGAUACGUUUGAACAGAAGCGCAAGUUCGCCAACUCCCGAUGCUUGGGAGGCACCAUGGUCUGGGCCAUGGAUCAGCGAGAUCAAGGCGAGGAUAACGGCUUGGCGCCAGCAUCUGGAGUCACUACUGGUCAGCAACAAGACGCACAAGAAAUGGCCCAAGGCCUUGCUGCCGGCGUCUCUUGUUAUACAUCGGACUGCGGAGCAAGCUGCAAGAAGGGUACGAACCCUGUCACCCAAAUGAAUGGCCAACCCGGUAUGCUCUCUACCAGUGACCGCUGUGAUAAGAACCAAUAUCGCACACUCUGCUGUGAUGAUGGUACGACCAUUGGGACUUGCAAGUGGCGGGGUUAUCGGGGCUUGGGUCUGUCGUGCAUGGGUGGCUGUGACGACGAAGAGACCGAGAUCCUGCAGGACACAAACAACCACAGCAAGAAUGGCGACCAGACGUGUACUGGUGGUAUACAGAGCUACUGCUGCAAAGGCUUCGAAUCUGCUCCGACAAAAGAAGAGCUCGAAGAGGAAGCGAAGGAGAAGGCCGAGGAGCUAGCCGAAGAAGCUGCAGAACAGGCAGCUCUCGAUAUCGCUGCAAAGGCCUUUUGUCGUGUUGCCAUUCCGGCUCUUUUGGCUCCUUUGGAGUUAAUUGAAGCUGCAAUUCCGAUUAUUGGCGAAAUUUUGGACAUCGCUGAAAUUGCCGCGACGCCGGCCCUGAUUCAACUGUGUACCAGUGGCAUUGAGAAAGAAGGCAAAGCUAUUUUCAAGGUGUUCGGAAAAGAGCACUCCGUGACAUUCGACAGACCAUCCAAGACUGUAUCCCGGCCGCCCAAGUCCAGUCAUACACCAGCAAAGACAUCUUCUUGCGACUCCAAUGUCAAGCGGGCAGACGACGGUAGACCUUGCAAGAGACGGAAACGUGUAAUGACAUCGCACCGGACCAGCGAAAUCGUGGCUGCUACGAGAAUGCUGCCGAAUGGCGGACACCUAAUUCCGUGCGCCGGCGGCGGUGGCGUGUACCCCGAAGCUUGCAAGAAUUACAAGUCCAUCGUCGACAACUAUCCGCAGUACAAGACCAUCACCUGCCCUUACCGAAAGGUUGACACCAAGAAGCGUCCGAUCACAAAGGUUUUCGACGAGCAGCGUGCGACGGACCUCUGGGAUCCCGUGAUCAACGCGCCCAAUGGAUGCUCCCCAGACGAGUACCCGCCGGCGGUGAUGGCACCCGUGAAUGACGGGUACGACAUCCUCAGAGAUAUGAUCGUCCCUGCCGACCGGGAGGUUUACAGGCUUCUUAGUGCGAAACCUCCUGCUGUGGACGGGCAAAUGGUUCGCUACCUUGACGCGGUCGACAAUCGCGAAGCGGGAAAGAUCUUCAACAAAUGCGGCCAACCGCCGGCAGCCUCGGUGGUGCACACAACCACAACCAUCGUUGACCCCGAUGCCAAAGUCCCCGUUGAAUGGCAUUUGACAAAGAUCGCCCUCUCGCGGCUGGUUUGGGAGCUGGACUUUGCUGGACUUCCUGAUAACUCCAACGACUACGGUGUCGCGGACAACAUCUGCGUACCGACGAUCAACGGAAAGAAGCACCCAGGCUAUGCCCUUCUGAAUUCGGAUAAAUGGUUUGAGAGACCAGGUAACGAGGAGGAGGCGGAUUUGAGAGACACGUGGCCCAAUGGUCCUGCGAGAAAACGCUGGGUUGAGCCAGCGGGACUGGUGCUGGAGGGCGCCAACUCGACGCGGGUAGCGACUCCUGAGGAAGUGCGUAAUCACCUCAGGCUCGACGAGUGUGCGGAUGACAGCUGCUCGCGAGAAAUCGAGAAGCUGAAGUAUGUGGCCAGGGACUUCAGGGACAAGGCGCGGAAGGCAGCCAACUCGCCGGCGGAAGCGCCGGCACCGGAGCCGACGGCUGUCUCGGAGCACAACGGCAUUCAAGCCCUGCCCCCGAGUCAACCAGGACGGUACUUUGACUCUAAUAUCCCCGUGCAUACUGGGGUUUAA